AUGGAGAAAAACUCUCUCAAGCUUGUCUUCUUGUUCUCCAUCACAGUCAUCGCAAUGUGUUCGUACUUGGGUGAUGCAAGAGAGAUGGCAGAGGAAGAAAUGAAUUACCUCGACGACGGUCCUAGCUUGGCGCCGGUGUCACCUAUAAUGGUCGCUGGGGAUUGCGGUAAAGCUUCUGAAUGCUAUAAAUACUGUCCUACGUUGUGCAAGAAUCCUGGAAAAUCUUGUAGCUGUUCGUGCCAAUCGAAUAAGUGUUAUUGUGGGUGUUAA